AUGGUAAUCUUGAUGUUAAUGACCAUCGAACUCACCGGCUUCCUUGGUUUGGCUGGUAUCAAGUUGAAUCCGAUCUCUGCCGUAACAAUAAUCACUGCCGUUGGUAUUGGUGAGUCCCCCAUCUUUUCUUGUUUUACAAAAAAAAAAGCGUUAUGGAAGAUGGAAAUUUUUUGA